ACCUACUGAAAUGUAUAAAAACCCUCUUGGAUUUUCAGUGUAGUGCACGAACAAAGUAUUCACUUCUACUAUCCCUCAACAUGCAGCUCUCUGUGCUCUUUAGUGCGCUUAUAUCUUUCGUCAUCCUCGCUGCGGCGUCACCCACGCCAGGAGCCAUCUCGAAACGUUCCUCCAAGCGAGAGAACCUUGACAUCAAUUUUCAACGUGAUCUCCUAGAAGAGACUAAGAAGCGCGAGCCCGAGUCAGAGUACGCAUCUGCUGCUACGAGAAAGGAGCUCAAUAACGGUCAUUCUGAAUACGAAGUUGCUGCAAAGAGGAAGGAGCUCUUGGACGGUCAGGAAGACUACGACGCCGUAGAUAAGAGGGAGGAGCUCUUGGACGGUCAGGAAGACUACGACGCCGUAGAUAAGAGAGAGGAGCUCUUGGAUGGUCAGGAAGACUACGAUACCGUAGAUUGAUGCGACGGUUGGUAUGGCUGUCUUGGAAUUCCCGUUCAAACUAUCACGGGCACUGUCGUCAGAUAUU